AUGGGCUCGGACGAUAUCGACCCCAAUCUCUGCACUCAUUUCAACUAUGCUUUCGCCGUCGUUCGUGGUUACAUGAUAGUACCCAUACGGGAACUGAGAGCGAAGCUGGAUACCGUGACGCCAUCACCGAAGCUGUUCCUAGCCGUCGGUGGCUACACUCACGGCCCUGACUCCUUCAGCAACAUGGCCGCCAGUCGGACGGGCCGACGUCUGUUCGUCGCCACGAGCAUAGACUAUCUACGGGAACACAAAUUCGACGGUCUGGACAUCGAUUGGGAAUAUCCCGGGCAGGUGGAGCGUGGUGGCAGAGAAGAAGACUACGAUAACUUCCCUAAGCUAUUGCAGGAGCGGCGGACGGGGUUUGAAGAACAGGGACUGCAAACAGGGCAAGCCAGGCUCCAGCUCAGCCUCGCUGUUACUGGCGGAAAGAAAACCACAGACAACGCUUAUGACAUACCAAAGAUAGCUCAAUCGGUUGACUACGUGCUGGUGAUGGCCUACGAUUUCUACGGGGCGUUUCCGCAGGAAACUAUCACGGGACACAACGCGCCUCUGUACCACGGCCACGACGACGUGUUUAGCGGCACGUACGUCUAUCGUAACGUACACUAUGCCACGCUUCGAUGGUUGGAGAAUGGAACACCUCAGGACAAACUUGUUGUCGGUAUACCAUCGUAUGGCCGUUGUUUCGUAUUACCGGACUACGCCGACCCAACAACUAUAGGACAGAACUUCACUUCAGGCUGCAACGCAAACUACUAUACGAAGGAAAUAGGAUUUUUGUCGUAUUAUGAAGUGUGCGAACACAUAGACAGCGUAGCAGCAGACCAAUUAUACUGGGACGAUGAACAGAAAGCAUCAUUCCUGAAUAAAACGCCGGAAUGGAUAUCGUAUGACAAUGAACAGAGCGUACGCGAGAAGGUGACCUUCCUCAAGGAGAGACGCCUCGCCGGCGCCAUGUUGUGGACGCUCGACUUUGACGACUAUACGGGCAAGUUCUGCGGUGCGGGAGACUAUCCACUCCUACGCACCAUCGACGCCGAACUGCAGAAACCGGAUCCGGACGAGAUCAUCGACUGGAACGAGUACACGACCACGCCGCCGCCGACGACGACCGAGACGACCGAGACGACGGGUUCUUCCGCGCCGACCAGCGAGGAACCCAGCACGGGGAGCACGGGGAGUCCCUCCGUCGAAGACUACGUCAUAUUUUGCUACUUCACUAACUGGGCGCAGUGGCGCACCCCGCCAGCUAAGUUUCUUCCUGAGGACAUCGACCCAACGCUGUGCACUCACUACAACUACGCUUUUGCACGACUUGGGGAUGACUACAUGUUACAUCCGUACGAGGAAAAAGAUGCGGAAUUUUACAAGAUAAUGCGGAGUGUGCUAGACAGUGUGGACCCACCACGUAAGAUGCUGCUAGCCGUGGGUGGAUCCAACCACGGACCAAAGCCGUUCAGUGACAUGGUGAAAGAUCCGACAAGUAGAGCUAUCUUCAUCGAUGCUAGCAUUGCAUACCUACGCGCUCACUACUUCGAUGGUUUGGAACUAGACUGGCAGUAUCCAGGUGAGGUAGAGAGAGGUGGCAGGCCAGAGGACUACGAAAACUUCCCGCUACUAUUACAGGAACUACUAGAGGCAUUCGAGGAGGAGGUGCGCACGACCAGCAGAGAAAGACUCCUGCUGAGCGUAGCCGUCGGAGCCGGUAUGGACGCAAUAGACGUCGAAUACGACAUCCAGAACAUUGCGAGGAACGUCGACUACGUACUGCUGAUGGCAUACAACUUCUUCGUUCCGGCGGAGAAUGCGAAUAUGACGGGACACAACGCGCCGCUGUACGAUAGACAAGACGAUCAACUUCCCACAUAUCCGACUAGCAGUGUACACUGGGCGACGAAGCGGUGGCUGGAAAAUGGAACUCCGCAGAAGAAGCUAGUCGUCGGUGUUUCCCUCUCCGGAUACUGCUUCCAUCUAUCGGCCGGUUCCGAUGGAAACAUGAUCGGUCAACCGUUCGACGAGCCAUGUCCGGGAGGUCUGUUCACAGCAACGGCCGGGUUCUACUCGUACUACGAGCUGUGCGACGAGGUGCUAGAUGGACACACUCCAUCUUGGGACGAUCAGCAGAAGGUGCCGUACAUUGUCGCCAGACAGCGAUGGAUAAGCUACGAUAAUGAUAGAAGUCUGUACGAAAAGGUGAUGUUCAUCAAGGAGAGGAGGCUGGGGGGCGCGAUGAUAUGGGCGUUGGAUUAUGAUGAUUUCUCGGGAGUGUUCUGCGAGAGUGGACAAAACCCAAUGCAGCACAGCGUCAACAAGACGUUGAGAGACUGGGAUCCGGAAGAAGUGAUCGAUUGGAUCCAGCCAACCGUAACACCUAAUGACACGCUGUCUACAUUAACAUCAGAUGCAACAGACAGCACGUCGUCGCCAACAGAUGAAACAACGGAAACAGAGACGCCUGUAACCAAUGCUACAGAAGAGACGCCUCUAACCGACGCAACAGGGACAGGGACGCCUCUAACCGACGCAACAGAGACAGGGACGCCUCUAACCGACGCAACAGGGACAGGAACGCCUCUAACCGACGCAACACAGACAGGGACGCCUCCAACCGACGCAACAACCGAACCGCCGGACGACGGCCUUGAGACUGCAUACAUCAUCGUCAUGGUCAGCGUCGCUGGCGCCGUCGUCCUCGUCAUCGUCCUUGUACCACUGCGCUGUUUCGUCUGCAAGACGGGCUUUGUCGCCGCAGACGCCCACCAGUUAACGACGAUCAGCUUGACAGACAUCGCUAAUGGACCUUCAGCGUCAAACCUAAGCCUAGUCGACCACCAAACCCCAUACGGCCGAUCGUCCAAUGAUUUACUCGGGACUUCGAGCGACCUCAAUUUGAAUUCGAAACAGAAGAUACCGGAGGAGAGGAAUUCGUCGAGCUUGCCUAAUGAGAUGCCACGCCACAGCCAAUUCGCGUCAUACACGCACGCAGACGAGGAAUUUUGGUGACAGCUUUUAAUUUUAAAAUUUCACAAUUUUUUAAAUGUAAAACUUUAUACUUUGUUUUGUACAUUGUUUUUAGUUCAUCUGACGUAGUCAGAUGCAGCUUGUAGAAUCGCAUGAUCGUGCGUGCGUGCGUGCGUCCGUCCGU